GAUGGGAACAAAAAGGACUCUUGCUUUUUGGUCCCGUCCAUCGGAGUCGGCGAAAGUGAGCUGACCGAGCACACGCGGCCUGCCUCGCCCGAGACCACAGCGCCGGGAGAUCGAGCUCGGCCACCGGGGGGAACGAAGAGGAGGAGGAGAUCGAUCGAGAUUAGCUAGGACAAGUUCAUCACCGGCGCCAGACCCACCGGAGGAAGAGAUCGAUGGCCCUCGACCUGCUCAGCAUGCUCACGCAGAUCGUGGAGUUCGGCCUCACGGUCAAGGCCGCGCUGGAGCAGGCCGGCCACAACGCGGAGGACUGCCGCUGGAUCGGCGAGCUCCUGCGCAGGCUACGCGCCAUCGCCGCGCACCUGCAGGAUGGGGCGCCGCCCGAGGCCGCGGAGGGCGGCGGCUCGAUGGUGGUGAUGAGGCGGGACGCGGCGGCGGGCCUGGGGGACGCCCUCCGCCGCGCGUCCGAGCUCAUCGCCAGGUGCCAGCGCCGCAACUUCGUGAUCCGCGCCUUCGAGGCCGGCGACGUCGCCGAGAAACUCCGCCGGGUGUGCCUCGACGUCCUGCUCAACCUCAGCGCGGCGGUCCUCGCCGACGGCGUCCACACCGCCGCGAUGGUGGCCGAGAUUAAGGAGGCGGUCGGUCAGCUCCGCGCCGACGUCGCCUACACCAACGCGAUGUUCGCCAGGAUCUUGCAGAUUGUGGCUGCUCAUCCUGAUGUUCAUCUGCGAGAAGAGGUGGCAGUAUUAGUGAAGGACUACCAGAACUCAACUGAAUAUGCCAGUUCUCAAAAUGGAAACAAAAGGGAGACAAAGAAAACAGAUGUUGGCAGGCCGGAACUUAAGAUUCAGAAAAACAACGGACUAGGGCGUAGCAAGGUGGCGCCACAUGCUUCCUUAUCAGGUGGCUUAGCUGAGUCUGCUUCAGUGGAAAGUGUGACUAGACAACAUAGCUCUAGUACUAUUAUUGACAAGGCAAGUAGCUUUGUCUCCAAGUUGGUGGACGAGGUGCCGUCAGUGGCAGUUUGUGCAGCACCAUUCCAGCUUCAGAAAAUAAUCAGCGUAUCCGAGGUGCCUGGAGAGGCAGGCAGCUAUAAGAUACGCUCCCAGUCCUCUAAUACUAGUAAGCUUCUCGAGGUCUACCCGCUGAAGCUUCGCGUCCCCUUCGAACCAAACAAGGAAACUAUUCAAUGGCCAAUGACCCUCACCAACAAGACAGACCAUUACGUUGGCGUCUGGGUUAAACCAACACAUGAGAGAUUUACAAGAACACCGAUGAUAAUGGAGUCCAAUUCCUCUUUGGUUGUGUCUGUGACAAUGAAGAUGCAUGAACAACCUCCCCAAGACACAGUCAAGUUUGAGGUGGUGAUGAUCAUUGUACAGUCGAAGGAUAACCUUGUCAAAUUGGAAUCAUCCAUUGGUGGCAAGCUGAAUAUAGACAGUAGCUUCAUGGAGCGCGUUCAGAAGCAGCAGGCCGAGGUGUAUCGGGCAAUGCUGACAGCUAUCACUUUUGAGCCAGGAAGCUGCCAGAUCAUAUCAAAAUCAAUCAAGAAUAUGACCUUCGUGACAUCCAUUGAUGCGCACCCUACCAAGACAUGGAUCGUGAUGGGUCAUGAGGGAGGGAAUUUUUCCAUUUGGGACUACCAGAUGCAGGAAAUUGUGAUGGAGUUACAGGUCAAUGAGGUCCCAGGCAAGAUUGCGCGUCGGAUACAUAGCAUUUCUCAAAUUUUCAAAGAGACGGCUGUCCCACAUUCAGUUUGUUCAGUCAAAUUUAUCGCUCAAGAGAAUUGGUUGGCAGUGGGGGAUGGUGAAGGAUACAUAUAUGUCUACGCUUACACCGACACUCAUAAGCUGGACAAGGUCACGAGAUUCAGAGCAUACCAUCAGAAAUCUGUCGACUCGUUGGCUGUCCAUCCAACAGAGCCGUACCUUCUUUCAUCAUCUGCUUUCGACAGAAAGAUCAAGCUGUGGGACUGGAGCAAGGACUGGCAAAUAUUUAAAGAAUUUGAUGUGAAGCCUAUAAGUACGUAUGAGGAUGGUGUGCGAAGUGUCAAGUUCAACCCAAGGGACACCAACACUUUUGCUUGUGUUUUGUAUGAUAAAACUGUAAAGGUUUGCGUGCUCUUCCUUUCCUUAGUCCUCAUACGUGUUGGGAACAUAAAUUCUUCCAAUCUUAAAACAACACUGAAGGGGGCAUCCAACGCUGAUUAUUUCUUCACUAGCAAUCAUCAGAACUUGAUGGUUACUUUGAGCUUUAAAUCACCCAACUCUGAGAUACGGGAUUUGGACACAGGAAAUAUUGUUCACACUCUUGGCGUGAGUGGGCUCAAAACGAGCCGUGUUGCUUGCCAACCAAAGCUUCCAAUACUGGCUACCACGUUAGCUGAUGGGACUAUAUGUUUGUGGGAUGCCAAUACCUACAAGCUUGAGGAAGUGGUUCACAUUACGGACGAGAAGUGUCGUGAUUUGAAAUUUGUCACAGACAUUAAUGGCUUAACAAGGCUCAUUGUCACAUUUGAGACAACGAUAGCAAUCAUGGAAGUUAAUUUGCCGAUUGCAAAUUCAAGCAAGCAGAUUGGUAGCGGGAACUAUGGAUGACGUUCCCAGGAGGCAAUAAGAGACAAUCAUUAUUUUCAACUUCUAUGUUUAUGUACUUAUGGAUAAUAAUGUGUGUUGUUAUGUCCUGGGAUAAUUACCAUUUUAUUUUGAACUGCAAGUAUGCGACUUGUGGGUGAAACUAUGUGCCUGCAUUAUGAUGUUAUCUAAAUGAUACUAUGCCACUAUGUGAACCAAUAAUGAUUCGCAUACUUUGAUUGUAUUGAUGAUGACACUACGAAUCAUUGGUUGUUUUAGACAGGAAUAAGAAAUGUCUCGGCCUUUGCACCCA